ACAGAGAAGCGAAAUCGGAUGGAAGAAAAAAAAUAGCUAGAGAUCGACUGUCCUUGAUAGAAGACAGGUUGUUUCUUAGAAGUUUACAAACGUGAAGCGCUACUUCAUCGAUUUUGUCGUUGAGAAACCGAAUCGCUCAUAGGAUAUAAACACAGUCGUUGAUUUCAGUUUACCUGUGAUGACGCGCUCAGGUGUAUUCUGGUAGUGUGUCCCGACCGUGACUCAUGGUCGAUAGAGCCCGAGCAGGAAGGAGACACGUUUUAAUGGUGGCUAGAAUCUAAGGGCUGUUCACGACCAAAAAAAAAAAAAAAGAACAACACGGUGGCAUGGCCAUUGUGAAGACUUUUCUGUGUUUUUCCAAUACUAGGGUUGGAACCCUUAUAUGUGGAUGUUACAGCCUGGUUAAUUCCCUGAUCUGCCUGGUAUUCUAUCUGUUCCGUUAUGUCGGGUACCAACUCAUUGAAGACUCUCAGGAAUACAAAGGAAUCGUGUAUGCUGGUUUUGUCUUGUAUGGACUGAUGAUAGCAGCAUCCCUUAUCCUCAUCCCGGGCGUACAGUUGGACAAGCGAUAUCUCCUGUUACCUUGGGUCUACGUCCUCAUCCUCAACGUACUGUACGAGACAGGCUCAAUAGCUCUCCUCACCACCGUCCACAUGGAGAGGGAGAAGACAUUGAAUGCUUGGGAAAUCGUAUGGAUGUUUUACUAUUGUUUUAAACUCAUAGCAAAUUGCUACUGUUUUGCCUGUGUGGUUUCGCAGUAUCAAGAGCUAUCAGAAGGAAGGGGCACCUAUGACUAUUUAUACAAACCCAGAAAUCGUCGUUCCAUGGGGCGAGCGCGGGAAUACGAUAUUGACACAUUUGAGCUUCCAUUCGGUGUCCAUCUCCCACCUUAUUCUGAAUCGGACCCGUGUAAAGAGUUAAAUCCACCUCUAUAUGAAAACUUAUACCCGCAGCCAAAACUAGAGGACAGGCGGUCAAUAGACAUAAGACAAAUUGGACUAUGUCACAAUGUGCAAACAGUGAAUCAACAUUCAGAAAGAUACAAUUACAGUCAAAGAUAUUCCGGAGAUAUGCCAGACAGAUAUUCAAUUACGGUGGAUGUGGUUUGGAUAUGACAUCGUUCUUUUCUGCCAGUUGGUGUUCAUAUGUUAUUAGUCUCUCCUAAGACAUCGUUUUACCAUUACAAAACGGAAACGAUAGCAGCGCAUGCUCAUCAAAAGUCCGCGCCGUUUCUUCCUCCUGAAAUCAACAGGUCUCGUUUUCGCUCCUGGAGGAAAAAGAUGUGUGUCGUUACGGAGAAAGUGAAAAUUCUCGAAAGUUCAGAAUUUUACCCAUGAUUCUAUUGUACAGGAAGCAGAACGGUGCUCUGUUUUAAUGGAGAAUUGAUUUAUUUCACCCUCACGGAAUCUUUUUACCAUGCUGUUCACAAACUGAAUUUUUUACCUCAGGGAUGUAUUUUAUAUAUAUAUGUAUGUGUUGUAUAACAUUUCAAUGUGCCAAAGAGAGUAAAGGAUUAUGAAUCUAUAA